CUCACCACGGCCCUGAUCUCCGGCCUCUUCUACCUCGCCCCAGGAGCAGGCUUCCUGAUCGGCAGCAUCGUCGGCGGCAAACUCUCCGACCGCACCGUCCGCAAGCACAUCGCCCGCCGCGGCUUCCGAUUACCCCAGGACCGCCUCAACUCCGGCCUCGUCACCCUGUUCGCCGUGCUGCCCGUUUCGGCGCUGAUCUACGGCUGGACCCUGCAGGAGGAGAAGGGCGGCAUGGUCGUACCCAUCUUGGCGGCGUUUUUUGCUGGCUGGGGGCUGAUGGGGAGUUUUAAUACCUUGAAUACUUAUGUUGCUGAGGCCUUGCCGCAUAAACGCUCCGAAGUCAUCGCUGGGAAGUAUAUCAUCCAGUAUGUCUUUUCGGCGGGGAGUAGUGCGCUUGUGGUGCCGAUUAUUAAUGCGAUUGGGGUUGGGUGGACUUUUACCAUUUGUGUGAUCCUUUCCAUCAUCGGUGGUCUGUUAACGAUGGCUACCUCGCGAUGGGGCCUUGAUAUGCAACAAUGGGCGGAGCGCAAGUUCCGCAUUCAUGAUAAACCUGGGUUUUGA